GUACGCCUUGUGCCUCAAGUAGCUUCACGCCGUCUGGUGCGGGUGCAGCGCACCGAAUUGCCAACAUGAAUACCUCGCAGCCUGUUUCAUCGGCCAUCAAGAGCGUGGAAUUCGGCUUCCUCGCCGCCAGCGACAUCCGAACCCUCUCUGUAAAGCGCAUAACCAAUCCCACGACCUUCGAUUCUCUGCUGCACCCGGUUCCUGGCGGUCUCCACGAUGCAGCUCUGGGCGCCUUCUUAGACAACCCGUGCUCGACAUGCGGCUUGACGACACUGCUAGGCUGCCCGGGCCACUGCGGUCAUAUCGAGCUCCCCGUUCCCGUAUAUCAUCUCAGCUUCCUCGACCAGCUGUACCGUCUCCUCCGUGGGAAAUGCGUCUACUGCCACCACUUAGUGCUUCCCCGCGUCGCAGUCAACGAAUUCGCCUCUAAGCUCAGGCUGAUCCGAUGCGGUCUGGUGCAGGAAGCAAAUGAUAUGCAAGAGCAUGUCGACGUGACAAAAGGCAAGACUAGGAGGGGCUCAGAGUCUUCGGACUCCGAUGACGAGGACGACAUCAUUAGCCAGAGGAACAGCUACGUGAAGAGAUGCAUGAAGCGAGCUGGCAUCUCAAGGAGCGACGCGCAUGCAGUGAAGGAGAAGAACGAGGCCAUUUCCGACGCCCGGCGACAAGUCAUCAAGGAUUUCUGGACGUCGAUAGCGGGGAUGAAGAAGUGCAAGAACUGCCAGGGGCUCAACCCCACCUACCGCAAGGACCGCGCCAUAAAAAUCUUUCGCAAGAAUCUCACCCCAAAGGACAAGGCUCUCAUGGCCCAGGCGGAGAAACGCAUGGAGAACCCCCUGGACAUCCUCCAGCGCCGGGAAGCGAGAGCGAAGAAACAGCAGGUUCAUGCGGACGAGGGAGUCGCAGACUUGGACCCGGGUUCGGAGGACGAAGACGCAGACAUGCUUGAUACAGAAGAAGCCGACGGGACCCUAGUAGCUUCCGAAUCCAUGACAGCAUCGGGUAGGAAGUCGCGCUCCGCUGUCGACGCGUCGCACAAAGUGCAAGACUUUAUCAAUGCGGCAGAAGUCAGAGCGGCAAUGAUUCUGCUUUUCGAGAAAGAGGAGGAGAUUUUACGACUGCUAUACAACCCACAUGCGCGAUCGAAGUCUCAGGUGGACGUCAAUGCGGACAUGUUCUUCAUUCAAAACGUCGUUGUGCCGCCAAACAGGUACAGGAUGGAGGACAAGACCGGUGACUCCAUUGCGGAAUGCCCGCAGAACACGCUCUAUAAGAAUAUUCUGAAUGCCUGCGAGUCGAUGCGGCAGAUCAGCAACGAGAUGCACGGCAAGGAGAACGAGGCUGGCUUUCGACGUCGCGACUUUAGCGAUCUCCAGACUACCUGGGUUAAUCUUCAAGGAGCUGUAAAUGCCCUCAUUGACCGCGACGCCAACCCCGUCCAGGGCUUAGCCGGAAGGACGAAUGCAGACGGCAUCAAGCAGCAGCUGGAGAAGAAAGAGGGUCUCUUCCGAAAGAACAUGAUGGGCAAGCGUGUCAACUUUGCCGCGCGUAGUGUCAUUUCUCCCGAUCCGAAUAUCGAGACCAACCAAAUUGGCGUCCCACCGGUUUUUGCCAAGAAGUUGACGUUCCCGGAGCCCGUCACGAACCACAACUUCUACGAUCUAAAAGAGGCGGUCCUGAAUGGACCUGAUAAGUGGCCGGGAGCAGUCGCCAUCGAGAACGAGUUUGGCCAAGUCGUCUCUCUUAGAAAGAAGAACUACGAAGAGCGCCAGGCUCUCGCCAACCAGCUCCUUGCACCCUCAAGCACCCAUGUGAACGGCUCGAAGAACAAAAAGGUCCACCGCCAUCUGAACAACGGUGACGUCGUCAUCAUGAACCGACAGCCCACGCUACAUAAGCCGUCCAUGAUGGCUCACCGCGCUCGCGUUCUUCCAGGAGAGAAAACAAUACGCAUGCACUACGCCAACUGCAAUACUUACAACGCCGAUUUUGACGGCGACGAAAUGAACAUGCACUUCCCCCAGAAUGAGCUAGCCCGAGCAGAGGCCAUGCUGAUCGCGAAUACCGACAAUCAGUAUCUCUCAGCGACUGCCGGAAAGCCCCUCAGAGGUCUUAUUCAGGAUCAUAUUUCCAUGGCUGUGUGGCUGACCAAUAAGGAUACUUUCUUCAACCGCGAGGAAUACCACGAGCUCCUGUACUCUUCUCUGAGACCCGAGGACGGCCAUACUACUUCGGGGACCCUUCUCACUGUCGAGCCUGCGAUCUGGAAACCCCGGCCAAUGUGGACAGGCAAGCAGCUGAUCACCACCGUACUGAAGAACCUCAAGCCGAAAGAAUAUGAUAACCUGACUUUAAGUUCCAAGUCACAAACCAGCGGGAAGCUGUGGGGUCCUGACUCUGAGGAACAGACGGUCAUCGUCCAAGCGGGUGAGCUACUCUGUGGCAUCUUAGACAAGAGUCAGAUUGGUUCAGCCGCUGGUGGACUGGUCAAUGGCAUUUUCGAGGCAUAUGGCGCUACAACGGCCGGUCAAGUGCUUAGUGUCCUUGGUCGGCUACUGACCAGGCUACUGAACAUGCGGGCAUUCUCUUGUGGUGUGGAAGAUCUCAUUCUCACAAGAGAGGGAGAUGAAGCGCGGCUGGAGAAGCUGAAAGAGGCCGAAAAGGCUGGAUUCAAAGUCGCCUCAAAGUACGUUAGCCUGGAUGCGACGAAGAUCGACCCGAACAAUCGAGAACUACAAAGGCGACUAGAACAAGUGCUGCGGGACGACUCGAAACAGCGCGGACUUGAUGGACUUUCCAACGCCGCAACGGCAAAGAUUUCGUCGGCAGUCACAGCGGCAUGUCUACCUGAGAAGCUAAUCAAACUCUUUCCGAAGAACCAGAUGCAAACUAUGACAGGUUCUGGUGCGAAGGGUACCCUAGUCAACGCCAAUCAAAUCUCAUGCAAUCUGGGGCAGCAAGUUUUGGAAGGACGACGUGUGCCCGUCAUGGUCAGUGGGAAGACGUUGCCGUGCUUUAAACCGUACGAGACGAGCGUUCGCGCUGGCGGUUACAUUGUUAACCGCUUCUUGACCGGUAUUCGACCGCAAGAAUAUUACUUCCACACCAUGGCUGGCCGAGAAGGCCUUAUCGAUACCGCCGUCAAGACCUCCCGCUCUGGGUACCUGCAGCGAUGCAUUGUAAAAGGGAUGGAAGGCGUCCACGUUGAGUACGACAGCACCGUGCGAGAUUCAGACGGUUCCAUGGUCCAGUUCCUCUACGGAGAGGAUGGCCUAGAUACGACGAAGCAAAAGUACUUGAACGACUUCAAGUUCCAGGCCGAGAACUUCUAUUCUCUGACGCAGUCCGUAAAUGCCGUAGAAGGCUAUAGGCAUGUAGUCAGUAAAGAGGCCACUGAACACACGAAAGCCGCCUGGAAGAAGGUCCGGAAGACUGGAAACAUUGCGGCUAUGGAUCCAGCGCUUGCAAUAUACAACCCAGGUCGAUACAGCGGCAGUACCUCCGAAAAGUUCUUCGCAGCCAAGAGAGAUUACUGCGAAAGGAACCCGGAUGGGCUUUUGAAGAACAAGAAGCGUGACCCGAACGGCGAAGUCUUGAAGAAGAAUUUCGAUACUUUGCUCGAUAUCAAGUACCUCCGAUCGCUUGUGGAGCCCGGAGAAGCUGUAGGAGUGGUGGCCGGGCAGUCUAUCGGAGAACCGUCCACGCAGAUGACCCUCAACACCUUCCAUUUGGCUGGUCACUCCACGAAGAAUGUCACGCUUGGUAUCCCACGUCUGCGAGAGAUUGUCAUGACCGCUAGCGCAAAAAUAUCAACACCUGGCAUGACAUUGUACCCUCAUCCGGAAAUGCCCAAAGAGGACAUAGAGAAAUUUGCCAAGAGUAUUACACGCCUCCCGCUUUCGGCUGUCCUGGACAAGGUCAUCGUCACUGAGAGACUAGGCCAAGGGACUCAAUACUCCCAAGCACGGAAAUUCAAUAUCAGACUUGAGUUCUACCCCGCUAAGGAGUACACCAAAGAGUAUGCCGUCAAGGUUCGGGAUGUGGCGGACUCGAUUGAGAAGAAAUUCUGCCCGCGCCUCCAGAAGGCUGUGAGAGCGGAUCUGAAGAAGAAGGGACAGAACAAAUCUCUGUCUACCGCUAAGUCAGCGGCUGUUCCUACCAUCGGAGAGGCCUCCGGCACCAUCGAACAGCAAACAGUUCGUCAGGAUGAUGCCGGAGACGAGGGCGGUCAUGAUGAGGUGGAGAGCGAUGAUGGCGAGGACGAAGGCGACGCUACUUUCGCCAAGCGGCGAGGCAGGCGCGAAGACAGCGUUGAGUUUGAGGCUCCGGAAGAGGGAGAACAAGUUGCUGACGGGAUUGACCGUGAAGAGAGUGAAGACGAGACGUACGGUGGCAGCCCCAAGCCUUCCCGUGCCACUACACCUGAGCCGGGCUCAGAAGACGAGGACGAGGAACCCCUUGUUCCCCAUGACGAAUCUUCCCAAAUCCGCCAAGACCGGAUAAUGCACAGUAAAGACUGUCCUGACAUUUCCGCCUUCAAGUUCGACGACAAGCAGGGCGCGUAUUGCGAGAUCACAUUCGAAUUUUCCGCCUCCACGCCCAAGUUGCUCAUGCUACAUCACGUCGAAGCAGCUGCCGACUUCGCCACUAUUCAUGUCAUCCCAGGCAUAACCAGCGCCCUUGUCUCCGCGGAAAAAGUCGAAGACCCUCUCACGCAAGAGGAUGCCGAAAUCCCCGUCAUCCUAACCGAAGGCUCCAACCUCAUCGCCAUGCGCGAAUUCCCGGACAUCAUCGACACCUCGCGCCUCUUCACCAACGACAUCGCCUCCAUGCUGCAGCUCUACGGCGUAGAAGCGUGCCGCGCGUCCAUCGUCCGCGAAAUGCACGCCGUUUUCAGCGGACACGGUAUCAACGUUGAUAACCGUCAUCUGAAUCUCAUUGCGGAUACGAUGACCAAAGGCGGUGGCUUCACGCCGUUCAACCGCAUUGGGCUACGGACCAACACUAGCCCGUUCAUGAAGAUGAGCUUUGAAACUACAGUCGGGUUUUUGAAGGAUGCCGUGCUGGAGCGGGAUUGGGAUGAGCUGAAGAAUCCGAGUGCGCGGAUCGUGGUUGGACGGCUAGGUGGGGUGGGAACGGGUAGUUUUGAUGUGUUGGCGCCGGUUAGGGUGACGGAUCCGCUGAAGGAGCCGAUGGACGAUAUCGAGGAGGCGGCGAGAGAUGCGGAAGGAGAUAUGGACUGGGAUGUCGAGAUGGAGGACGCGCAGGAAGAGCAGCCGCCUGUCGAGGAGACCCCGAAGAAGAAAAAGAAGAAGCAUAGGCGGUCGAGCGAGUAGCGGCCUUGCUGAAGGCCGUCAGGCUUGGGUUUACGCGGUCGAGUGUAUAAUUCAUAGCGGCAUUGUUGGUUUGGGGAUGGGCUGGACGGCGUUUCGUGAGGUGUAGUGUAUUCUGGAAAAGUUAUUGUAAUGAAAGACGGCAUAUACCUUUUUCGAGUUUGGAUAGGUUUGCCUGAAGGCCUCC